UUUGCAAAAGCAAGUCAGCGUGAUGAGUAUGAAUUUAUCAGCAAAAUUGGAUGAGCUUCAAAGAGGCGACAGACACAUGGAGACUACAGUGGCCUUGUGUGAGAUACGAACCCAGCUGCAGGAACUCACAAAGUCGGUGGAAAGUUGUCAAAGUGAGGUGUCGGAAGUGAAACGUGAUAUGGUGGCCAUAAAACACGAACUCGAUACUGUACAACAAGUCAAGGAGGAAAUCGAAGAAUUACGCGAAUAUGUCGAUAGAUUGGAAGAGCAUACGCACAGAAGGAAGCUAAGACUUUUAGAACAAAAAUAUUUUCCGUUUUUCUUUUUACAGGGUCUCACCUUCUUUCUCACCUACUCAAUAUUUUCGGCGGUAUUGGGUAUGCUGCAGUUCGGUUACAAUACCGGUGUGAUAAAUGCCCCCGAAAAGAAUAUAGAGAAUUUCAUGAAGGAUGUCUACAAGGAUCGCUAUGGCGAGGACAUAAGCGAAGAGUUUAUACAGCAGUUGUAUUCGGUGGCGGUUUCAAUAUUUGCCAUUGGCGGUAUGUUGGGCGGCUUUAGUGGGGGCUGGAUGGCAAAUCGUUUCGGAAGAAAGGGUGGUUUAUUAUUAAAUAAUGUUUUGGGUAUAACCGGUGGCUGUUUAAUGGGUUUUACUAAAGUUAGUCAUUCCUAUGAAAUGUUAUUCCUUGGCCGUUUUAUAAUUGGUGUUAAUUGCGGUCUCAAUACAUCAUUAGUGCCAAUGUACAUUUCCGAAAUUGCUCCGCUCAAUUUGAGAGGUGGCUUAGGUACCGUUAAUCAAUUGGCUGUGACAGUAGGUUUACUAUUAUCCCAGGUAUUGGGUAUUGAACAAAUUUUAGGAACUAAUGACGGCUGGCCCAUUCUAUUGGGCCUGGCCAUAUGUCCUGCGGUCUUACAAUUACUUUUACUGCCGGUAUGUCCAGAAUCUCCUAGAUAUCUGUUAAUAACAAAGCAAUGGGAAGAGGAAGCUAGAAAAGCUCUCCGUCGUUUACGUGCCUCAAGUUCGGUAGAUGAAGAUAUCGAAGAAAUGCGUGCCGAGGAAAGAGCUCAACAAUCGGAAAGUCAUAUCUCUACCAUGGAGCUGAUAUGCUCGCCCACACUACGUGCCCCCCUCAUCAUUGGCAUUGUAAUGCAACUUAGCCAACAGUUUAGUGGCAUCAAUGCGGUGUUCUACUAUUCGACAUCACUGUUCGUUAGUUCGGGUCUGUCCGAAGAAAGUGCUAAAUUUGCAACAAUAGGAAUAGGUGCUAUUAUGGUUGUUAUGACCCUAGUUUCUAUACCCCUUAUGGAUCGUACCGGUCGUCGUACCCUACAUCUGUAUGGUUUGGGCGGCAUGUUCAUCUUUUCAAUAUUUAUAACAAUUUCAUUUUUAAUCAAGGAAAUGAUCGACUGGAUGUCCUAUCUAUCGGUGGUCUCAACCCUUGGCUUUGUGGUGUUCUUUGCCGUUGGUCCCGGCUCUAUACCCUGGAUGAUAACGGCCGAGCUGUUCUCCCAAGGCCCCCGACCAAGUGCUAUGGCCAUAGCGGUAUUGGUCAAUUGGAUGGCCAAUUUUGUGGUGGGCAUUGGUUUCCCCAGUAUGAAGACUGCCUUGGAAAAUUAUACAUUCUUACCGUUUAGCGUUAUGUUAGCCAUCUUUUGGAUAUUCACCUAUAAAAAGGUUCCUGAGACCAAAAACAAAACCUUUGAAGAGAUUUUGGCCCUAUUCCGCCACGGCAAUGGAAGGAGUAUGCUAAACUGCACAAAUAGUUCGGAGCCACAAAGUAUGAAUUCGGGCAUCGAACAUGCCGCCCUUAUGGUAUCUGAGGAGAAGACCCAACAUGAUUCACCUGCAUCCGAGCGUUGUUUAGGAGACGGCCGAAAUACACACCAGGGCCGGAACGCUGCCUCUGUGCCCCAUCACCUUCGUCAGCAAGCACAUGCCUACCAGAACAGCGGGCCUUGACUGAGGAACGACUCACUUCCUGAAACUGCCAGUGUACAUUCAACGAGCGCUGAACAGUCACAACAACAACUACAGCAGCAGCAGCAACAACAACCACAAACUCCAAAACUACAAAAACAACAUUCACAUGAACAUCAGCAACAGCAACAACAGACGCAGCAACAGGAGCAUCAACAUCAUCAUCACGUACAGUGUAGCUAUGACAAGGAUAUUGUAUGUGAUGAUAAUCAAAUGCACCAGCACCAGCAGCCGCAACAUCUGACACAGCCACAGCAAAAACACAACGAGCACUGGCAAACGAACACCAACACAACAGCUACCACUUGCACCGCUGAAUAUUCACUGCCGUUUAACCAACAAGAACAACAGCAACAACCACUACCACCACCACCACCUCCACAACAUCAUCGCCAUCAGCAUAUGCAACGCAAACACAGCCACAGCCAUAGUCCACAUCCCAGUCGUCAUACAUCGCCACACAGUCGUCAUACUUCACCUCACAGCAGACAUACAUCUCCACACAGUCGCCAUACUUCACCCCAUAGCCGUCAUACAUCUCCACACAGUCGCCAUACUUCACCCCACAGUCGUCAUACCUCUCCGCACAGCCGUCAUACUUCACCCCAUGCGCAUGGUCACAUCCAUGGUCACGGCCAUUCGCACUCUUCACCUCAUCAGUCGCACCAUCAUGUGCAUGAUCCACAUCAAAAUGGCACCGAUAAUAUAGUAGAGCCUUUUAUACGCAAUAGUGCACCAAGAGCCUCAGUUCGCAGUACUUCGUCUCAUAUUCAUGCCCAUCAUGCUCAUUCACACCAUCAUCGUCGGCGAAAACGUAGCGACAACAAUCAUGUGCAUGCCAAUGGAGUACGCGCAGCUGACGAGUUGGAAGGGACAGUGGACAGACAUCCAAAUGGUCAUCUGCAUCAGGGUCAAUCCUCAGGUCACACUUGCACUCGACGACAUCGUUCCGUUACCGAUGUUUCCCAAACAUCGCUUAACACCUGCAAUGAUCCCCUGUGUACCGAACGAGAAAUUCAAGAGAUAUUUGUGCAAAAAUCUACUGCCUGCUGUUCUAGUUCGCGCACUGAACUGGCCCAAUAUUUUGCCGAAGAUCUGUAUGGCACUUCAUCAAGGCGGCCCUCAUCGUGUUGCACUUCAUCGGAUUAUUGCUAUCAGACUGAUUCGACUAGUCUCUAUGGGUCACGUUCCUCUUUGAGCCGCAACAACUCCGUUAAAUCGGCCUCGGUAACCAUGCGCAAGAAGAAACUACAGCAAAGACAACCAAGUUACAGCUCAAUCUCGUUAAGGGCUUUGAACGCCUCGCGGCCCAACAGUCAAAUGGGCUCGCUGACGUCCGUCUUCGAUCGGGCCAAGCAAUAUGCAGCCAAUGGUGGUGACAGCAAGUCGCAUGAUUCUCCUUCCAAGGUAACUAUAGAAAGACACACAUCCAAAGAUGCUUUAAGUAAUGAUCUACCUGAAUAUGCUUGUUCCCCUUCUCCGAUAAGAUGGAGUUUUCUGGCUGAUGGUAAGACCAGCACCAAUAAUGACAGUGCAGACGAACUCAGACCACAGCACACAACGGAAAUGAAAACUAUGGACGACAGACCACAUCACAAGUCGGAAGUGAGGCUAAAUAAGAGAGAACGAGAACGACAUAGAACAGUAGAGCCCGAGAAGCCACCAGUAAAACCCCACAGGUCACAAAGCAGACAACAAUGGAAAUCUAGAUCCUCUUCCGAUGACCGACCCUCCACAUCACGCAAAUGCUGUGAAAGUCCCUGUAAAUAUGAAGAGUCUACCAUGGUGCAAUUCCACCAGGAUGCCGAAACAUUUAACAAUUGCUGCAGCAAUUACAUACAGUGCAACACCUAUUUGGAUCAAGAUCUGCAAAUCACUAGCGAAGACAUACAUCAAUAUUUGUCCAAAGGUCAACAGGAUACGGGCAAUAUUUUGAAUAACACCAAAACCUACCCCUUCCAGCCGAGCAAUGCCCUGGAGUUCCAAUAUAAAAACAAUUUUGCCAAUAACAACACCACUGCCACUAACACAUUGUCCUCGGUGGAGGGUACGGAAAGUAUGCGCAGCUAUGACAGCCGUUUUAGACGUAACUCCAGCAAAGAGACCAACCUAAAUCAAAGUAGUUCUACGCCCAUGUCGCCGGCAAACAUUAAUUUGUCUUCAAGCACCAACAAUAUAAACAUAGUGUUCAGUUCCUGUCUGGAGCGCAAUGCCAAUGAGGUGAAAUUCAUUAAUACCACUUCACGCAAUGCAUCGUCGGCGGCCGCGGUGGUGUCUACUGAAGCUCAUCAUGCAGGUUAUUUGCCCUAUACUUAUCCUUCCUAUGAUUACACUAAUAUGGCAGCUAAUUCCCAGUUUAAUAAGCAGCUGGGUAUAAAUGAAAUACCCCUACAUAUGAUGAAUACAGUUGACGACAUGAUGACCACCACCACUACCUCUUCGAGCCAGCAUUCAUCCUCACUACAAUCACUGGAACGGGUGGAACGUCAACAGCAAGGCAUGUCAUUCGAAUCAUUCGAUGCUUCCUCGGCACACAAUUUACUGUCUUCGCAGAGGGGAAGUGGCCAAUAUACGCCCACGCCCCUCUCACCCCUAUCGCCAGCCUCACCGGCCAAUUCAUCCAACUACUCAGCUUCCAUAAAUCCCUCGUCCUCGAGGUAUAUGCAUAUGCAGCAGCAGCAUCAUGAGCACCAACCACUCUAUGAUUAUCCGCCGGUCAUGCAACGAGCUCAUACUCACUAUCACUCACAUCAUGGUCAUCAUCAUUUGAGAGAGAGCUUUAAAAUAACCAAUGCUUUUAAGAAAGUACGCAAACGAGCACGCAAAUACACAGAUUUUUUACGCAAAAAAUAAAUAAAAAAC